GCGGGGCCCCGCGGCGGGCCGCCGGGGGCCGGGCCGGGGACGACGCGAAGCUGAUCUUCGGGACGGUGUUCUCGCUGCGGAACAUGGUGCGCAAGCUGGGCGGGGAUGACGACGCCUUCAUCAGCUACCGGACGGGGCAGUACAAGCUACACUACUACGAGACGCCCAGCAGCCUGCGCCUGGUCAUGCUGACGGACACGGGCACCAUGAGCAUGCGGAACGUGCUGCAUCAGAUCUAUAUCAACCUGUGGGUUGAGUACGUUGUCAAGAACCCCCUGUCCCCGGCUGAGCACAAGGAUGGGGAGGGCGCUAACAACGAGCUGUUCGAGCUGGGCCUGGACCAAUUCAUCCGCGGGCUGAUGUGAGAACCAGAAGGGAGGGGAAUGGAGAUCAAUGUAUCCCCGGAGCCCCAAUCUACAAGGCGCGGAGGAGACGGGUUUCACUUAUCCGGCUUCAUAUCGAGGCUUGGACGGAACGACGGUACUCGGGAGUUGUCCGUCGAGGACCCAGCAUGAGAUAGAUGCCAACCGGAAGCCAAGGCACCAACGGCUGCCGCCCUCCCGAUCCUUGAGCUUUAACACCAAUAAGCGGUGCCCUGAGCCACUGCUAUGCCAACUGGGGCCAGGGGAGGGGCAGUUGCAGAAAGACGGCGCUCUGAGCUGUGCACAUAUAUCCCUACCAACCAUAACCAUAUUCGAGGAUCGAGGUGGAAGAUACCCAAGAGAUGACAGCUGAUAUCCGCACAAGGGGGAAGCCAUGUACUUCAUAGAGCAUUAGAAUGAAGUGGUAUAAUCGUACACAGUCCUGGCCCA